AUGUUACUGAGCAGCUGUACUCAACGACUGCGAAAUAGUAGUGCUAUAAUAGGUUUUUUAAGAAGAAACAUUCAUUUGAAUGCCGAUCUUGACAACACUUUGAAAAAACUGCCUAGCUCUGGCGUUGUCGUGAUCGGAGGCGGUCACGCUGGGUGCGAAGCAGCUGCCGGAUCAGCGCGAUCUGGUGCUCCCACUGUCUUGAUUACGCCGUUUUUGAAUAAAAUCGGAACCUGUUCUUGCAACCCAUCCAUGGGAGGUGUUGGCAAGGGCACAUUAUUGAGAGAAGUAGAUGCUUUAGACGGACUAGCUUCAAAAGUGACUGAUCUAGCUGGAGUUCAAUUUAAGAUGCUAAACAAAAGUCGGGGCGCCGCUGUUUGGGGUCCAAGAGCGCAAAUCGACAGAGAACUAUAUCUAAAGUAUAUGCAAGAAGCAUUGAAAAAAUGCCCGAAUUUGAAGCUGCACGAAGGCAAAGUGAAAGAUCUGAUACUCGAUACAUCAGAUUCGCACGCAAACGGCGGCUCGAUCGUAGGAGUAAUCCUUGAAGACGGCCAAAUUCUUCGCACUUCCAAAGUGGUCAUCACCACUGGCACCUUUCUCAGCGCGGAAAUUCACAUAGGUUUGAAAAGCUUUGCUGCGGGCAGAAUGGGAGAAGACCCCACAUAUGGCAUCAGUAAUACCUUGCGCGAAGCUGGCUUUCAAUUGGGUAGGUUAAAGACUGGAACUCCCGCUCGACUGGAUGGGAGAACAAUCGAUUUCACGCAUCUCGAAAAGCAAUACGGUGACGAUCCGCCCCACCCGAUGAGUUUUAUGAAUGACAGUGUGGCAAUCAAAGAGCAACUUUUGUGUUUCGGUACUAAUACCACCCCACAAGUUCAUGAGUAUUUGAAAUCGAAUCUUCACCAAGCCCUACAUAUUCGGGAGACUAUUAAAGGUCCCCGUUACUGUCCGUCUAUCGAAGCUAAGAUCACCAGGUUUUCAGAUAAAGACUCCCACAAAAUUUGGCUUGAACCAGAGGGGUUGACUUCUCAUGUCAUUUAUCCCAACGGUAUUUCCAACUCAAUGCCAGAGGACGUUCAGGUGAAGUUUAUGCGUAUGAUUCCUGGCCUUGAAAAUGUCGAAAUUUUGCAACCCGCUUAUGGUGUUGAAUACGACUAUAUCGAUCCAAGAGCUCUCAAGUCGACCUUGGAAACAAAAUUGCUCAAGGGCUUAUAUCUUGCGGGUCAAAUCAAUGGUACCACUGGUUAUGAGGAAGCAUGCGCACAAGGAAUUAUCGCAGGUAUCAAUGCGGGCUUAGCAGAACAGGAAAAUGAUCCUUUGGUUUUAUCCAGAUCAGAUGCAUACAUUGGCGUCCUUGUCGACGACUUGAUAACGAAGGGAGUCACAGAGCCUUAUAGAAUGUUCACUUCCCGUUCAGAGUUUCGCGUUAGCGUGAGGGCGGACAAUGCUGACUUCCGGCUCACAGAGCUUGGACGCAAGUCUGGUGUUGUGGGUGACGAGAGGUGGGAGGUUUAUCAGUCUCACAAACAGUUGUUCACAGAUAUCGUUGAUAAAUUGUCCAGUUUUGAACUCAGCGCCAGAAAAUGGGAGAACGCUCUUGGGGUUCCAGUCGCCGACAGCGCCAAAAAUAAAAGUGCAUGGGAGAUGUUUAGAUUCAAUUCUGUUGAUUACACGAAAUUGGCCCUCAGCGUUUCUGGCCUAGCUACUGACAUUUCUCAAAUCCCAAAGCAUGUUUUACUUAAAGUAAACGUUGAGGGAAAAUACGCUCCUUACAUCAAAAAGCAAGAUCAAUACAUCAGAGCAUUCCAAGCGGACGAGGGUAUGCUACUUCCCCAGGGGUUCGACUACUCAAAAAUGCCUUCGCUUAGCACAGAAUGCAAAAGCAUUCUAAACUUGGUCCAGCCGUCCACUAUAGGACAGGCCCGAAGAAUACAGGGGAUAACACCUGCCUCACUUUUCGAGCUAUACAAGCUGGCCAGAUUCAAGCAGCAUGAUGUGCAGAGCCUAUUGAUCAAAAACCAGCUUUGA